AUGUGGGCCCUGGAGAGAAUGCCAGGAGCUUGUGUUCCAAGUGCAAUGAGGAGCUUGCAGAGGACACUCCAGCUCCCCCCAAAUGAUUUACAGUUUAAGAAGGUCACUUUGCCUGGAUACAAGUUAAGUAAGGAGCUGGAUCUUGCACGUGCAGAUGGCGUCACCUGGAACUUGAGAAAGCUACACCAGGGUAUCAGAGGCCUGACAAUAACCAAGAACAAGCUAAGAGGGGAGAAGUCCAGGAAUGUACUCCACAUAGCCAGCCAAAAAAGCUUUAAGGUUAAAAACAAAGCAAAACCAGUUACCACUAACCUUAAGAAGAUAAACAUUGUGAAUGAUGAAAAAGUUAACAGAGUGAAUAAAACUUUUGUAAAUAUACAAAAGGAACUGGCAAACGUCUCAAAAGGCUGUUCCCUUGAACCUCUGCAGAAACAACUGAUAUCUCAGCAGUGUCAUGAAAACAUACCAGUUAAUGUUGAUGAAGCUACAAGAUUAAUGGCUCACUUGUAAUACACCAAUGAUUCAUCAAAUUCCCCAAAACGACCAAUAAAUUUAAUCUUCUAU